CGAGCGGUGGUCACGUGAUUUGUUCAAGAUGGCUUUCAGGAGAGUUCGCUCUUCUGGAGAUUUUGCUGUCAGUUAUUUGGCAGUAUUUUUAUUGUUUUGUUUAACAUACGUGUCAGUGCGAGCUGAAAUUCGAACAGUCAUCAUUGAUAAAGAAAGUGGACAAAUUGUAGUCGUGGAUGGAUUUCGUGAAGACUUUGUCGCCUGGGCAAAUUUCACCGACAACAUCACAACAACAGGGUGGUCUUUCUUAGAAGUCACCACCAACAGUCAAUACAAUGACAGCAUCCAGGCGUAUGCAGCUGGGGCAGCGGAGGCAGCUGUCACUUCUUCGCUCAUAUACAAACAUUGGAUGAACACCCUAAUGGGGUACUGUGGGCCCUUUAAGGCACAAUCGGAUUACUGUGAGCGUCUGAAAUAUUACAUCAGUACAAACCUGCUGUGGGUUCAAGAUCAAAUAGAGAAGCAACCAAAUUCUCCCUACUGGUAUCAGGUGCACCUUGCACUGUUGCAACUUAAAGGUUUGGAAGACGGCUACAAUGAUGUACUAUCUUAUCCAAUGGGACCAAUAUCAUUUAAUCCUCUUGGAUUUCUGCUCUUCCAAAUGGGUGGAGACCUUGAGGACUUGGAGGCUGCUUUGAAGAAGCCCAGUGAAACUCAGCCUCUUGGAUCUGGUUCCUGUUCUGCUUUGAUUAAGCUGCUUCCAAACAACAAAGAUCUGCUCAUCUCGCACGACACUUGGAACACUUACCAGUCUAUGCUACGGAUUAUAAAGAAAUACAUAUUUCCCUUCAGAACAUCUCCUUUAGAUGAUGAACGCAUUCCAGGAGGAACACAAGCAUUCUCAUCAUAUCCUGGAUCAAUAUUUUCUGGAGAUGACUUCUACAUACUAAGUAGUGGCUUGAUCACACUAGAAACAACCAUUGGCAACAGUAAUCCUGCUCUGUGGGAUUUUGUUCAACCCACUGGAGCAGUGAUGGAAUGGCUGAGGAAUAUUGUAGCUAAUCGGCUGGCUUCUACAGGAAAGGAGUGGGCUGAAAUGUUUAGCCAAUACAACAGUGGAACAUACAACAAUCAGUGGAUGAUUGUUGAUUAUAAGCACUUCACUCCUGGUAAAACUGACACGAAAGAGGAACUCUUUGUUGUACUAGAGCAGAUUCCAGGAAUGAUCUUGUAUGAGGAUAAAACCCAGGAACUAAUGAAGAAAGGUUACUGGGCCAGUUACAAUAUUCCGUACUACACCAAGAUAUUUAAUGCAAGUGGCUGCAAUGAGCUUGUUGACAAGUUUGGUCCGUGGUUUUCUCUGGACAAAAAUCCUCGGGCUCAAAUCUUUAGUAGAAAUCAAACUGCGGUGACGGACAUUAAUUCAAUGAUCCGCCUCAUGAGAUAUAACAACUUCAAUGAAGACCCGUUGUCAAAAUGUGAGGGCUGUGAUCCCCCCGCAAAUGCAGAGAAUGCCAUCUCGGCUCGCUCAGACUUAAACCCUGAAAAUGGCACAUAUCCUUUUGGUGCUUUAAGGCAGAGACAACAUGGAGGAACAGACAUGAAGUUGACCUCGUAUCAAAUGUACCGGGAUUAUGGCAUGCUGGCCGUAAGUGGGCCCACAUGGGACCAGCUUCCCCCUUUCCAGUGGAGCACCUCUCCAUAUAAAGACUUGUUGCACAUGGGCCAUCCAGAUAAAUGGACAUUUAAUCCAAUAAAAGUAACCUGGAAUUCUUAAUGUUGUAAUCUUAGAAAGGGACCCAGGUGAAAGAACAAUGCAACGCAAUCCAAGGAAACAGAUUGGAAUUCACAUAUUAUGAACGACACUGUUUUGGAGAAAAGGAGACCCUAUUCGAUGCUGCUUAUUUUCAUUAAUACUACCAAGUUAUUUGGGGGAAUUUUGUGUUGAAACAUAUCAAAUAUUAUAAAAUAAUUGCACUGUAUGUUUUAGAAGUCUUUCAAAAUAAAGAACUUAUUUUUA